AUGUUUUAUAUAUUGGUUAACAAGAUAUUAUUCACCAUCCUCUUGAGUCAACUAAUCCACCCGUUAUUGGCGUCGGAUAUACCGAAUUGUGCUUUCCAAGACACCGUUAGCCUAAUUGACAUUCAACCAUAUAUCGAUGGCUCUUACGAAUAUGAUGGCGUAUGGAUUCCAGUAAAUAUGACAGCCACAUACACAUAUGAGGAGCUUGGUGAUGGUACGAGGAUUCCUGUGCCGUCGCAUGUCAGGGGAUGCGCCUGCAAAUUGAAGCAAUGCAUUCAACUUUGCUGCGCACCUGAGGAGCGACUGGAUGAAACAUUGAAGACAUGUGUUAAACGUAAGCUCAUGGAAUAUCCAAAAAUCGACACUUAUACGGAAAAUCUCACACGGAGUGUUAGCGAUGUGUUCGAGAAAUACAUACCCCAGCAGCGUAUGCCUUGUGAAGAUUUCAAAAUCUUGGAUGCAAGUUUAGACAAUGAUUUCAAUAUUUUAUAUGAGGAUGCCGUACUAUAUCAUGUAGCUAUGGAAAAAUACAUUUCACAUCGUGAUUUUUGUCUCACACCCUACUGGCAAAAUGAAACCUCUCUAUCUUUGAGUCCAAUACAAUGUUACAAUGCAAUUCCUGUCUCAACUUAUAUAUACAUGGCACUAUUAACCAUUUCGGCGCCUUUUCUUUUCGCCACAAUUUGGGUUUACCUCUAUGUGCCCCAAUUGAGAUGUCUACACAAUAGCUGCUUGGUCUGUUUUCUGGGUACAUUCGCUUGCGGUAGUUUCAUACUGUCUUCGAUGUUAUGGUUCAAAUAUCCCCUCGAAGUCUGUAUAACGAUGGGCGUACUGUGCUAUUUCUUUAUGAUUUCUGCUUUCUUCUGGUUAAAUAUCACUUGUUUCGAUCUGUGGUUCAGCAUACGUGGCAUAAGGUACAAUCUACAUUUAGGCAGCCCGAAAUCGCGUUUCAUUUCCUAUUCAAUUUAUGUUUGGUCGGCAGCAGUGAUUUUUACCCUUGUCGCCGUAAUUAUAGAAUUUGCUACGGAUGUUAUUGAUGCCUGGAAGCCGGGAUUUGGUAAUGGCCAAUGUUUCUUAAAAUCACGAGAUUGGUCAGCAAUGCUAUACUUCCAAGGCCCCAGCGGGUUGUUAAAUUUUGCAAACUUUUUAUUUUUCGCAUUGAGCGUCAUUAAUCUGUACCAAAUCAAGGGAGACUCAUACGAACUGCAAAAGGAAAAUAGUCAACAGUAUAAAUUCUCAACAUUUUGCCGUUUAUUCCUGGUAAUGGGAGUAUCGUGGAUUUUUGAAGUAUUUAUGUACUUAUAUCCAAAAGAAGCUUCGGUAAUUAAAAUCAUUUUUAACACAUUUAACGCAUCACAGGGUAUAAUAUUAUUUAUUGUACUUGUAUUAAAACGGAGAGUAUUGACGCUGCUUAAAAAUCGAUAUGAGGGUUCAGCAUAA